CUGCAUCAACAUUCAACGGUGGCAGGCGGAGCAACCGAACACGCCCGCCGCCGCCCUACUCCCACCUGCCCCUGUAUUCGUUGCCGGCGACGAGCACCCACUACACCAGAUUAACAUCCUAUACCAUGGCCUCUCUGCCUUGUUCACAAAUAAAGUUAAGCAAAAUACUUGUCAGGAGGAAGUUUCAUGAGAGUGGACAGACCAAUUUGCCAAGUCAUCUUCACUGGAAACCCUUGCGACCUGGCCGUUUUGAAAAUUUUGUGCUGCGAUGCACCAAGAAUUUGUCAUGGGAAACAUCUCUUCCAUAUGCCUCUGCACAGGAUGAUGCCAGUAUCAUCAAGGGAACAGGUGUUGUUGAACCUAUUGAUACAGAAGAAGCUCCACAGAUUCCAAUCCUCCAGAGUGAUGAAGAUGUUGUAGAGGUGAAGAAUGAACCUUCUUGGCAUCUUAAGGCAUUUAAACUGCCAAUGUGGCUAGUAGGGCCUUCAAUCCUGUUGGUUACGGGUAUAGUUCCAACUUUAUGGCUGCCAUUGUCUUCAGUGUUUCAUGGUCCCAACAUCGCUGGCCUUCUAUCUCUAGUCGGACUUGACUUCAUUUUUAAUAUGGGAGCAAUGUUGUUUUUCCUUAUGGCUGAUGCAUGCGCCGUCAAGAGAACAGUAUUUUUGACCUGAAAAGGCAGAUACCAAUUUCCUACAGGUUCUGGAAUCUGGCUGCUACCAUAGUAGGCUUUGUGGUUCCAUUUGCCCUGUUUUUUGCAUCUCGCAGGGGCACUCUGCAGCCACAACUACCAUUCGUUCCAUUUGGAGUGCUGCUUGGACCGUAUCUUUUACUCCUAUCUGUACAGAUGUUGACUGAAAUGCUUACAUGGCACUGGAAAUCGCCGGUAUGGUUGGUAGCUCCUGUGGUUUAUGAAGGCUAUCGGGUACUACAGCUGAUGAGGGGUCUCCAGUUAGCUGACGAAAUCAGUGCGCCUGACUGGAUGGUGCAAAGUCUUCGUGGCCUGGUAUCCUGGUGGGUACUCGUCCUUGGAAUCCAAUUGAUGCGCGUUGCCUGGUUCACUGGACUCAAUUUUGCUAGAAAUUCAAGCUAUGGAGCAAGUGGUGAUAUGAACCAAUAAAUCAUGCAAGAAAAACUUGAGGCCGAACAUCUUUGAGAACCUGCAAUGCUUGAGCAGGAACCAGGCUGUGGUAAAUAGUGCAGUUUCUCUUUUGCUGGAGCAGGAACCAGGCUGCUAGAUACUUCAUACUCUGAACUGUGUAAGUAUUGUAUUGUAGUUAGUAUACAGGAACAUGAACAUUUGACUGAGCAUCGUGCUGAACACAGAAACAUCACUGUAUAUAUUCCUUGAACAUACUACACCGUAACUACUCACUCUAUCCCAAAUUAUAAGAUAUUCUAUUUUUUAGAUGUAUCUC